UCGAUUGACGAACCCUGCCUCGUCCUUGUGACGUCAGAGCACUUCCUGUCUCCACCCGUUGGCAGCCAUGAUGCAGGAAGGGCUGGACGACGGUCCCGACUUCCUCUCCGAGGAGGACCGGGGACCCAGAGCCGUCAAUGUGGACCUCCAAACCGAUGCUACCCUGCAGGUCGACAUCUCUGAUGCUCUCAGUGAGAGAGACAAGGUCAAGUUCACCGUCCACACCAAGAGCACUCUACCAAAUUUUAAGCAGAAUGAGUUCUCAGUGGUCCGUCAACAUGAAGAGUUCAUCUGGCUGCACGACUCGUUUGUGGAGAACGAAGACUAUGCUGGAUACAUUAUCCCUCCGGCGCCCCCCAGACCUGACUUUGAUGCCUCCAGAGAGAAGCUGCAGAAGCUUGGUGAGGGAGAGGGCUCCAUGACUAAAGAGGAAUUCACUAAAAUGAAGCAAGAGCUGGAGGCAGAGUACCUCGCCAUCUUUAAGAAGACAGUGGCCAUGCACGAAGUGUUCCUGUGCCGUGUAGCAGCACAUCCCAUCCUCAGGAAGGACCUCAACUUCCAUGUGUUUCUGGAAUACAACCAAGAUCUGAGUGUGCGAGGGAAGAACAAGAAAGAGAAGCUGGAGGAUUUCUUUAAAAAUGUGGUCAAGUCUGCCGAUGGUGUGCUGGUGGCCGGGGUCAAGGAUGUUGACGAUUUCUUUGAGCACGAAAAGACUUUUCUGUUGGAGUACCACAACCGAGUGAAAGAUGCGUCUGCCAAGUCUGACAGAAUGAUCCGCUCACACAAAAAUGCUGCAGAUGACAUAAACAGAAUCGCUUCAUCUCUCUACACGCUGGGAACCCAGGACUCCACCGAUCUGUGCAAGUUCUUCCUGAAAGUGUCGGAGCUGUUUGAGAAAACGAGGAAAAUUGAAGCUCGAGUUGCAGCCGAUGAGGACCUGAAGUUGGCAGACCUGCUGAAAUACUACCUGAGGGAGUCACAGGCUGCGAAGGACCUCCUGUACCGCAGAAGCCGUUCUCUUGUUGAUUAUGAGAACGCCAACAAGGCUCUGGACAAAGCCCGGGCCAAGAACAAAGACGUUCUACAGGCUGAGACCAGUCAGCAGCUGUGCUGUCACAAGUUCGAAAAGAUAUCAGAGUCUGCCAAGCAAGAGCUGGUAGACUUCAAGACAAGACGAGUGGCUGCGUUCAGAAAGAACCUGGUGGAGCUGGCGGAGCUGGAGCUCAAACACGCCAAGGGUAACCUCCAGUUGUUGCAGAGCUGUCUUGGUGUCCUUAAAGGUAACACUUAACUGCAGGAGCGCCCCUCGUCCAACUGGACAUACGCACUGUUGGACGGCGCCAGAUGGACGGAUGAACAGAGAUCUCCGGGGUGGCUGAAAUAAAACAAAAAAGAAUCAAAGGGUUUAAAUUAUCAGGAAGACUGUCUUCAUCACAUUCAAGACCACCGCGCUUCCCUGCGCGGGCACCGCCUGCUCUACUUGUCCAGACUCAGCAGCACUUCUAUUGGUCCGAUAGUGCCCUGCGGGCGCCAGUACGUGGAUCAGCUGGUCCCCUUACGACACUGAAAAUGAUUCUGCAGCCGGAAAAGUCUUGCUCGUCCUAAUGUGUUUUAUGAUGUGGUUUAGUCAGGAGCCGACCAGCGUGAUCCAUGUCCAGACUGAACCAGGAGGUGUCUGACUGGAGCAGGUCCAGAAACGUAUCUGUUACUGCUUCUUCUGUCUUGGUUAUCUCUUCUGCCAUCACACUUUCUGCAGGGUCAUGUGGUUAACUUCCUGUGCUGCUGCUGUUCGUCGGAGUCCAAACCUGGUCACUGUUCUGUUGAAAAUGUAACGUCACUAAAUCAAGAAGCCUUGAACAUGUUUGUAUUAGUCAACUAAUGAUCCCUAAUAAUCAUCAUUUCCAGAGCUCAUCAGUUCUGGAUGAGCUUGCGUAUGUUUGCCUUCAUGUUAAAGUUGAGUUGUUGUGGGGAAAAAAAGAUAGAUAUCACAGAAUGAAAGAUUUUGUUGCUCUUUGUUUUUGUACACAGAUUAUUUUACACUCUUCUGUGACCAAAGUUCCCUUGAAUGAUGAGAGAAUUAGUCGAAGCUAUCAAGUAAAAAAUAAAGAUCACAAAUUCUGUAAUCAACACUGAAUAAAACUUUACGGACACUUUUCUUAAAAUGGUCUGUCACCUUUCUUUUCGUUGAAUAGAACAAAAACAAGAAUGUGGAUGGAGCCCAUGGGUAUUGACAGAGAACGUUCUUUGGUAAUGAUGGAUAUGGUGGUAAUGGAUGGCUCAUAGAAACCACAUGUAGUCACAGAGAAACAAAAUAGUUUUUUCUAUACGGUACAAAUCUUCAUUAUUUGCCAGGUUUUAACAUCAUUUUAAGAUCGGUAAACCGAUACUCCCCAAUCCAGCAACUGCAUCAGGAAGUCGACAAACAUGAAUUGCUGUAUAUUUAGUAGCUAUAUAAAUAAACGUUAGUUUGAUAAAUGUUUUUAUCCAUUGUUGAAAGUGAACAUUUCCAUAUUAUCCAUCGUGAAAAUGUGACAAUUUGUGUUGUAGUUUUCAGUCAAUAGUUUUACUCAAUGAAAAGUGGCAA